GAAAAGCCUGAGAAGUCCCCUUCAAAAAUUAGGAUAAAAAGCUCAACGCACAAAAAUCAAAACUUGGAUUGAUACCUCAACCAUAGACAUUCGUCUGUUCUAAAAAGAGCCGAGAAAGUGUGGAGAAAACAAAAAAAAACAGGCCAUGACAGAAGCGUACAUUACAAUUCUUACAAACGACCGCUAUUUACCUGGUGCCCUUGUUCUUGCCAAUGCCAUUAGGGAUCUUGGUACGACAAAGCGUCUUGCGAUCCUUGUUUCAAAUAUUUCCAAAGCCAGCGAAGAAUUGGUCAAAAAUGUCUACGAUGAAGUGAUCAACGUCAGCCCAAUUGUUAGUACCUCUUUACAACAGUUGAGCGAUUUGGGUAGACCGGAUUUGACUUCGACUUAUACGAAAAUCCUUAUUUGGAAACAAAUCCAAUUCUCUAGAGUUGUCUAUUUGGAUUCGGAUAUCUUGCCAGUGGUGCCAAUUGAUGGACUAUUCGAAAUAGAAUUGUCCCAUGAGCUCCCAAUUGCGGCUUCUCCAGAUGCUGGAUGGCCAGAUAUUUUCAAUUCUGGUGUUUUUGUCACGGAACCUUCAGAGGCAAUUUUUGAAGAGUUGUUUGCAACAAUCCAAAACGAGGAAUCACCAUCAUUCGAUGGUGGUGAUCAAGGGUUGUUGAAUGAAUACUUCUUGGGUAAAUGGGGAAGAUUGCCUUUCACUUUUAACGUCACUCCAACUGCAGGUUAUCAAUAUGUUCCAGCUUUCUUGAAAUUCUUUAAGGAUAUUAAAAUCAUUCAUUUCAUUGGCUUGAACAAGCCGUGGUUGUCAAGGGAUGCUUCACUUUUCGCAUCUGGAAGCUUUGGUAAAGGAUACGAAAUUAUGAAGUCUUUGCACGAAAAAUGGUGGAAAGUGUUCAACAGACACUAUUUUGGUAAGAUUGCCGGAGAAAUCUUUGCAAUCUCCAACAUCUCACCAAUUGAAGAUCACUCAGGUAAAGGGGAAGGUUGUCUCUUGGAUAUACCAAAAAUGACCAACCAGUGGGAUGACUUAAAAGUCAGUGACAUAACAAAUGAUACCCAAUCGAUUUCUGAGCCUGCUGUUGUGAUCACACCCUUGUUCCCAUGGGAGUUUCGUGAAAGAGUCGAGCCAGAAAGAGUGUUUUCGGAGAGUACCGACUCUUUCUGAAGUGUUCCGUUCUUGUAUUAUUAUCAUGGUUCAAUAUUCUUCGUUUUAUAGAGGAGGCAGUUCAUACAUUCUUUCCUACUCAGUUGGUUAAUUAUAAUACAGUAUUAUGAU